CGAUGCACCUCCCCCCCAAUGAUACGAGCGGGUCGGAGCUGAGCCCUCGAGAAAUCGAAAUCCUCAUUACCAUCGAACGAACAGGAGCGGGCCUUUCGAUGGUGGCAAUCACACUGACUCUGCUCUCCUUCUUGCUAUUCAAGAGAUUAAGAACUACCCCCAACAUCUUCAUCGUUUUGGCAUCCAUUGCCAACGCUGGCGCGAGCAUCGCGUCUAUGAUUGGAUAUGAUGGCUUGGACAAAGGAGAGGAGUCAACUCUCUGCCAGGGACAAGGCUUCAUCUUCGAGUGGUUCAUGCAAUCUGAUCCAUGGUGGUCAUUCGCCAUGGCUUUCAACGUCUUCCUCGUUUUCUUCAACAAUGCCAACCCGGCCGUCUUUCGAAAGCGCAUCUGGAUCUACUGUAUUAUCUGUUUUGGCGGCCCCUUGGUUCCUGCCAUAGUCUUGGUCUCUAUCCAUGACGAUGCAAAGGGCCCCGUCUUUGGAAAUGCAGCGCUUUGGUGUUGGAUUGAUUCAAACUGGAGCUUGGUCCGCCUUUAUGCAUAUUAUAUCCCUAUAUGGAUCUGCAUUUUUGGAUCCAUCUUGAUCUACGUCGCUGUAGGAUAUCAUGUAUUCCACCACCGCAACCGCUUACGAAAAUUCACAAUGCCGAUUACAAGAAAAAGGAAAACGAGCAACUUGCGUGCAGCUAGUGCAGCCGGAGACUCUGUCGAAAAGAGCCUCACACGAAGGCCAGAUCACUAUGGCACCGCCACUACUGAAGUCCAGAUCACGUCCAUUACCCCCGAGAAUUCUUAUUCGGGCUUACCUGCGAUUCCUCCAGCUGUAUAUGCGCAUGGGCCUACAAUUGUGUCAUACGGCCAAUCCUGGAUGCCGAUAAAAGGAGGGGGCUAUUAUUCUCCAGGUGUAGAACGAAAAACGCCUCAACAGAAUGCAACUAUAUCUGCUACGCAAUCAAGGGAGCCAAAUACAUUUUUGUCACGUUUGCGACGCGUAAAAUCGAAUGCAUCUCUCAAAUUGAAACGAUUGGAUCCGAUCAAAAUGGCCUAUCUACGCACAAGUUUCAUAUUUGGAUUUGCGAUUCUGAUUACCUGGAUCCCAAGCUCUGUCAACCGACUUUACAGCCUCACAUACCAUGGCCGCGUCAAUUUUCAGCUCAGUGUCGCCAGCGGUUGCGUGCUGCCUCUACAGGGAGUCUGGAACGCCUUGAUCUACUUCACCACGAGUUAGAGCACCGUUCGUGAAGAGCUAAAGGCUUUGAAAGCGAAAGUAUGGACAGAAUGGCAUCGAGAUUAUCACAGCGCCAUGCAGAUGAGCGACAGAUUAGACCCUAUGGCUUAUGGUAACAGAAACACAAUCGAGUUGCCCAUAAUUUCACGAAGUAAGGUCUCGCGAGUUUACGAUAGUGACGAGGUAGAGUUGUCGGAGCAACUUCAUAGAAGCGGAUCCAUCUAGUCUUAGAAGGAAGGAAACGCUCUAGGCUAUGAAAGGAGAUACUUAUCGACGUAUAUGUAAUGUAUUACUGCUAAUUAUUUCGCAAGUCGC